ACUGAAGAUGUCAGCAGAAAUCGCGCCCUAUUGAGCCGCUGAGCGCCGCGCUGCUGUCCGCGCCCGUGGUGCUGAACCGCCCCGCCCGGGAAUGACGGCGGGAUUAAGGCUGCCAUAACCGAGGUCGGAUUAACUCCCUGGAAACCCGCGGUGAUUUGAGCAGCUGCAAAUGUCCCCCAAACAGGGAGAUGGAGGAAAGAUCCGCAGCACAGCUGCUGCGCCGUGAUUAGCGGGGGAGGGAAGAACAAAUAUAUCAUCAGCUGCUUUUGGGAAGGGCAGGGCUGGCUCGGAUCCGGCAGCCCCUCCUCUUCCUCCUCCCUCCUCUUCCUCUCCUUCUCCCUCUCGGUCUCCUCUGUUGGCCGCCUUCCGCGGAGGGGGCGGGAAGGGCGCAGACCCUGCGGCCCCGCGAUGGUUGACAUCCCCAGCCUCGUGAAAAUCAGCGUCUCCCUCAAAAUCCAGCCCAACGACGGGGCGGUUUACUUCAAGGUGGACGGGCAGCGCUUCGGCCAGAACCGCACCAUCAAGCUGCUCACCGGGGCCAAGUACAAGAUUGAGGUGGCCCUCCGGCCCGGCACCGUGCAGGCCACGACGAUGGGCAUCGGGGGUGUCAAUGUCCCACUGGAGGAGAAAUCAAGGGAUGCACAAGUGGUCUCUUAUACAGGGAUCUACGACACAGAAGGAGUGCCCCACACCAAGAGUGGGGAGAGACAGCCCAUCCAGGUCAACAUGCAGUUUAAUGACAUUGGUGUUUUUGAAACAGUCUGGCAAGUCAAAUUCUACAAUUACCACAAACGGGAUCACUGCCAAUGGGGAAAUAGCUUUGGCAGUAUCGAGUAUGAAUGCAAACCAAAUGAAACACGGAGUCUUAUGUGGAUCAAUAAAGAGACCUUCCACUGAACAGAAGUGAAACCAAUACUGCUGGACAAUCUCCUUAAAGGAAAAUCUACCUUUUUAAACCAGCAAGAAGCCUUACCAAAGGCAUACUGCAAUGUCGCUUUGUUCCGUAAGGUUCCAGUAACUCAGCUGUAUGUACAGGUGGUGCCACUAAAGUCUUUGCCUAUUACUGUAUUUCAAGUUUACUAUGGCAUCUGCAAGUCUUUAUACCCUGGGAAUACUGUAGGCUUUGAGGUGAAGAAUAUUUGAUUCCUGGGUAGAAAGUCAUACCAUCAUAAUACUAUCAUAACUAUUUGGAUGAUACCUACUAAACAGUUCCAUUAGACGUAAAAACCUUUGUGAAGUGUUUUGCUUUAUUGCUUACAAUUUGGAUGCAAUGUCACAUUGGUGAUUUCCAUAUCUGUAUUUGUUUGCUCCUUCAUCAGUGUGCUCCCUCAAUAAUUUUGUCUAAACAUCAUCUCGGUGGACAGAAAAAAAAUGUUAAUUAUGGAUGUCUGUAGGUUUAGACAAAUGGCAGCUACUGCACUCUUGAUAUUGUGCUUUCAUAUCAAGGAUUUGGAAAUUCACUCUCCUUUUUGUCGAGUGCUGUAAGAUACCCUGUGAUAAAUAUCCUACUUUGUGAGAUUUGGUAAAUUAGCACUCUUUGAUGUUAAAGUUUCCCAGUCUCUGAAAUAGCCUUAGGAAAUGGUAUAGAACAUGCUAAUCUGAAUGAAAGAAAAGCAAUAAAUCAGCUGUGGUGUUAAAGACAUCUAACAGCCUGGCUAGCAUCCAUGUUAAGAUCAUGUUACUGAAAGAUACAACAGUCAUCAUCAAUUUAGUUCUUAGAAUAAGAAUUUUGAUAAUAACCUCCAGUUUUGUUUCAAUGAAAUCUUGCUCAAAAUCAGUGAAAUGCCACAAAUCAGCUUUGUUAAGCCUGACCACUACAUUAUACCAAAAUCUAUAGGAUUCCCAUCAAACAGAAACUCAGCAUUGUGACAAAACUACAGAUCUCAGUGCGUGUUUAUAUGUGCACCAUGCUCUUUCCAAUGAAGAAAAGCAGGCCAGUAUAUGAACAGAUACAAUUAAAGGUGCUACCUAAACACUAGGCUGGUGUUUAACACAUACGGGAAAACAAUAAUAAUUAAAACAAACACAAGAAGACACCUUUUCUUUCAGUAAAUAAAGCAGGGAAACAACUCUACUGUCCCAUCUCCUGCUUGGGCUAAAGUAUCUUGCAUAUCUGUUACUUCCUUUGUGAAUAAUUUGUAAAUUGUGUAUGUAAAUGGUAACCAUGACUUUUGAUCUUUGUAAUAAAGGACUUCAACAGUU